AUGAGGUCAGAUGCAAUAAAGAGAAGGCUUUAUUCUAAAGCAAUAUUUAUAAUUCCAUUUUGGAUAUUAUCAAUUGCACUUUGGUUUUCUUCUGGGAGUGUAUAUAAAAUAGAUAGUUGUAUGAUUGAUAAUAAUAAAACAACAUGUAUUCCAUAUACUAUUAGUAAAUAUACCGAUUUUAAUUCAAAUUCACAAUUGAAUCAAUUUAAUUCAUCUUUUAUAUUAUUUCAAAUUAUUCCUAUAAAUAUUUUAUGCUUUUUACCAUUAUUAGGAUAUAUGUACAUUUUAGCUUCAGUAUUAAAAGUAGACCUUGUAAAAAAAGCAUUCACUAUAUUUGGUAUAAUGAUGCUAAUUACUAUACCAUUAUUUUUAAUUGUUUCAAUUUGUAUUUUUCCUUUAAAUUUAAGAGAAACAUUAUGUAGUGAUUUAAAGAAUGGAUUUAUUAAAAGUAAUAUAGUUGAUAAAGGAAAUACAACAAUUUGUAAUUUAAAAGAAUCAUUUAAUUAUUUUAAAGGUAGUUUUAGUGAUACAACAACAACAACAACAACAACAACAACAUUAGAAUGGGGAAUAACUUAUAAUUGGUAUUUUAUAAUUGCAACUAUUGUAUUCUCAUUUUCAAUGUUAGUAAUAGUAUUGGUAUUAUUAAUAAAGGAUGCAAACACUUUAAAUAAUGGUGAUGGUCAAAAUUAUUCAUUAUUCGAACAAGAGAAUGACGAAAAUUUUGAAGAUGAUGAUCCUAACGAUGUCAUUGAAUCUGGUUUAGAUUUAUGGGGUAGAAACAUUUGGUAUAAUUAUACAAAGAAACCAAUGAAUUCAAUUUUAUUAUCAAUUUUUCAAUUAUUUUAUAUUGGUUCUUAUUUUUCAUUAUAUUAUUUUGGUUUUAAAUUUAAUUUAAUUCCAUUUUUUAUAAAUUUAAUAAUUUUAUUUAUUUCAUAUUAUAAUUUAAUAUUUGAUGGUAUUAGAGAUAACUAUUUAAUAAAAAGAAUGUACAGAGAGAGAUCAAAUGAUGUUAAUCAGUUUAUUGAAAGAGUUAAAAAGAUAAAACCAAAAGUUGCAAUUGUAAAGAAACCAAAUAAAGAGGGUGGAAAAAGUAGUAGUGGUGGUGGUGGUGGUGGUGGUGGUGGUAUUGAUGAUGGUAUUGAAGCAAUUUUAGAACCAAGAUUAUUAAAAUCAUGGUUAGAUCAAUCAGAAUUAGAUUAUUUAAUGAUUAAUGAUGAUGAUGAUAAAUAUAAACCAAUUGUAGAGUUAACAAUUAUUGAAGAUUUUAAAACUACUUCUCAACUACCAAUUGAUGCAAUCUCAUUAUUAUUUGUAAAAACAGAUUUAUCAAAUUAUUAUAUAAUUACAAAUAAAAAGAAAAGGUUCAUACAAAUUAAUAGAGGUUUACAUUCAUUUUUAGUUUUAAUUGGUUUAUCUGGUUUAUUCAAUAUACUUUAUUUAAAAAGAUUAAUUCUUAAAAAAUCUAUAACCAUUAAAACUUUAUUUGAAUACAAUAAUAGAUAA